GAAGCCCAGUUGAGAGCCAGACGGUACCUAGGCAAAUUAUUGGGUAUAUAUAGAUAGAUAUACACGACCAAGGCAAGGCAAUAGAGAAGAUUUCGAGGAGAACCCUAAAAUAUUCGAGUUGGAAGGAUGAUGAUGAUGAUCAGCGAUCUUGAGGAGGAGAUACUGAGGAGGGUUCCGAUGACAUCACUGAAGGCGGUUCGAUCUACUUGCAAAAAGUGGAACGCUGUAACGAAAACAUGGCUUUUGGGUAAAGCAGCAGCAGGAGAGCAGCAGCAGCAGCAUCAGUUUCUGACGAUGAAUGGCAGGGUCUACUCUUUUCAGUUCCAUCUCGAAGAAUAUGUAUCGGUAAAGCAGGUGGAUUUGCUUAACGAACUGGAGGUUUCCAAGGUAUAUCACUGCGAUGGAUUGGUGUUAUGUGUGGCUAUGGAAAACUCGAAGCUGGUGUUGUGGAACCCUUACCUGUGUCAAACAAGGUUGAUCGGUCCGAGAGAAAGUUUCAACAUAAAAGACAGGCACGCGAUCGGAUACGGAUACGACUCCAACUCCAACUCCAACGAGCGCAACCACAAAAUCCUGAGGUUUGUUGAUGACUUCAGCCUGACGUUUGCGGAGGAUGAUAACAGCAUUUUACCAGAACGCAAACGCGAGGUUGCGUACGAAAUCUAUGAUAUUAGGUCUGAUUCAUGGAGGGUCCUCGAGGAGGUGAAUCCCGAGGAGGGGUCGAUAGAGACACAUCAGCGAGGCGUGUCUGUCAAGGGAAACACCUACUUUUUGGCUAAUCGUCAUAUUGGCCUGGUUGGAUGCGUGACAGAGGUUCAAGUUUUCUUACUCUGUUUUGAUUUUACCAAAGAGAGGUUUGGACCGCGCUUGCCUCUUCCUUUUGACUCUUUAGAUGGUUUCAAUGGUGACAUUGUGACCCUCUCAAGCUUCCUUAGAGGUGAUGGUGAUGGUGAUGAUGAGCAGCUUGCGGUCCGCUUUGGUGGUUAUGAAUCUGGCUUUUUUGAGAUUUGGGUUACUCUUACUGUUGGCCCCAACCGUGCGUCCUGGAGCAAGUUUUUGCGAGUGGAACCGGGCCCCUACUCAAGCUACGGUUUUAACUUCUAUGCCUCACUUUCUGGUGGGAGCUUCUUUGUUGAUGAGGAAAACAAACUUGCUGUCUUGUUUGAACUCGACGAAACCAAGACUGCUCACAAGGCUUUUGUGUUUGGACAAGACGGCUCCUUCAAAUCCUCCGUCAACCUCGGAGAAGCUCUCAUACUCGAACGCCGCUCCCCCAUACUUACCUACAUGCUCUGUAAAGCUGCUUAUCCCCCACUUGUUUGCUCUUAUCGUCCCAGCUUAGUGCAACUCAAGCAUCCUCUUGUGUGCAACAGCAAAAGGAAACGCAUGCCUCUACUUUCAAGUGUUAAAUUCAGGAAGUUAGUCUGAGAGAAAUGUGGAGGAGGGAGGUCUUUGCUUUUGUUUUAUCUUGGUUGUGAUCGCUCUCCCUCUAUGUAAAAUCUCUUCCAUCUUUUAUCUCAAGACUGUUUUAAAGACCUCUUCUUUGUCAGACUUGUUUCUAAGACUUAUGCUUAUGUAUAUGUUUAUGCUCUUGUGUUUUUGACAUUACCCCUAUGUUUUCAUUGUCUACCUUGUGUUUAUAUGCUUUU